GCGACCCCAUUGCGUCCCUGCGGCAAUGGUCGGACAAGUAGCGAUGUGGGCGAGAGGGGCGAAGGGAGAGAGGAGGAGGAAGCAGAACCGAACAGUGAUGGCACUGAGUCGACAAGGGGAGAGGUAGUGAAAAUUGAACUGCAGACGAGAAGAGGUGGGAACUGGUGACGGGGAGGAACAAGCAUCUAGACGGUCUUUGUGGAACAAGGGUUUGAUGGGUGGAUGAAGAAUUGCACAGGAGGGAAAUAUCAGUUUUGUUAAUUUCUUUUGGGCAAUGUUGUGCCAUUGAUCGCAUCUUGUGUCGUCUACAUUGCAUGGCGAAAGCCAGGAGGAACUUCUUUUUCAGAUCCAAUCUUCUGCACAGCGCCUACUGUACGAGAUGAACAUAGCUGAACCUGGGAGCUCUGCUUAUGCACAGCAAGUUGCAUUAGAACUUGCUGCUGAAUUUCCGGAUGUCCUUACAAGUGGAAGGCUAUUCGAUUCAAUCCGAGGGGUAGAAAGCAAGCUCAGGCUGGUUGAAACACCCAACGCUUUGGAAGCUUUGACAAGAUUCAUUCAGUUUGAGAUCACAAGCACAGCUGCAUUGCGUGCAGUGGCACAGGCUGCCGCAAAUACCGAUGGCCAACUUGCGGCAUCAUGCAGCGAACGUGUGUGCUUGAGGAUAGUUAAAGUUCCA